AUGUCUGCCGCCUCGACGCCUCUGUCUGCUGGACGAUAUGUCUCCCCCUCUCCGGUCCCAGGGUACGGCCACUCGCCGUCUCCAGUGCCGUUCGUUCCCCGUGCCUCGCCCCCGGCCCCAGGGUCAGCUACUUCCUCCAAGCCAAGUGGACCCAAAGUGAAACCGGCGAAUGUGUUUUCUAACGAUGGCUCUUUUCUUGAACGUUUUCAGCGAAUAAAGCAGGAGGAAGACGAGAAGAAGAAACAGGAAGAAGCCUUAGCAAGGAAGCGGACCUUCGAUGAGCGAUUUAAAAAGAGGGGCAAGCGUGCAUCUCCUGAGGCUACCGUUCCAACCGAUACUACAGAUGAACCUGCAGUUAAGAAGGCGAAGUCUGACAAGCCUUUGACCGACUACGAGAGACAAGUGAAGAGCUAUGGGACCAGUCUCAAGGAUAGCGGGAUUGGUGUGCGACCACUUGUGAAGUAG